UAAGGUGGCUAAACAGCCCAAAUUCUAAGUAGAGGUCUUUCCACAAAUGCAAUUUGAAUUGCAAAAAUGGGAAUUAUUUCUGUAAUUUGACAAAUGGGAACUUAUUGCUUGUGUUCAACCCUCUUUAGAUUUCCAGUAGAUUAUCCAGAGUGGUUGGUCACCCAUAGCCAUGGCCAUGGUUGCUUACUUAGUGGUCGCAAACGACUACAAGCAGUUGCCACAAGUACUGUCAGUGUCGAUGUUUCUCAGGACAGACGGACAUGCGUUUUUUCUGCUACGAAGGCGCGGAAGCCAAUAACUGCGGCGAUACUGGCCGCAAUUGCAGCAUGUGCUGUGAUUGUGGCGGUGAAUGGGGCGGAGGCGUUGGCGGUGCCGGCGCAGAUUGAAACGCAGCAGGAAAUACUUGGAGAGACAUUUUCGAAUGUACCGCAAACGCUGUCUGGCGAUUGUGUUGAUGGUCAGAAGGAUUGCAAGAAGGCGAGGAUUCAAAGACCCAAGUCAAGGCAAGCAGAGAUUUGCACUGUCAAAUGUGUCAAUACUUGUAUUCGUGGUGACACUGGUGAAGGUCCUCUCAACGUUAGAAGGCCUCUGGUGGUGUUUAAGCAAGGGUUUCGCAGUCGCCAAUACUGUUUGGUGGAAUGCUCUGAUAUAUGUAAUUUGAUGAAAGAUGGUGAAGAUGGACCAUAGGGCUGUACAUUCAAUCUUAUUUUUAGGUUAAAUUCUUUAUCUGAGCCUACGAAAUUUCCAGGUGCUCUUUCAUAUCAUUAAAGCUUUGAUUAGGUUGUAUAUUCUCUAUGCAGAAAUUUGACAGGCUUUUAUGUAUAUACACCUGCUUUUUCUUUCACCUUCCUGAUGAGGUAGGCGCCAAUAUUCUUUAUGAUAUUUGAGAAAAAAAUAUUUACGCUUGUAUUGUGAAGUGAGAAAUGGAAAUUGGUUAAAAUACUAGCACAUUGGUACUGCUGGUUCCUAUAUUGUCAGGUAACACUUUGGUGGUAGUGCAGAAAGGAAGGGAAACUGAAGAAGAAUUUGAAAGCAAAGAGUGUCCCUUUCUCUCAUGUUCUUUAGAAAAAGUAGGAGGAAAUGUCCCUUUUUUCUUCUUCUGGGAAAUAAGUUUGUUGUCACUGGGUCUUUCGGAAACGGCCUCUCUACCUGCUUGAUGUAUGGUAAAGGUUCGUGUACAUUCUAUCCUCCCCAUACCCCACCUGUGGGAUUUCACCGAGUAUGGUGUUGUAAAAUGAGUUUCUCGUCUGUUUUGAGUAUCUUAUGUCCCCCUAAAAUUCUGUUAUUUCUUUUCUAUGCUUAAUCGGUAUGUUUUUAUUGAUGCUUUUAGUAAGAGAAGCUUUUACAGGUGGUUGUGUUUAA